UCGGCAACCAUCGCGAUGCUCUCCUCCGCCGUCGCGCUCUCGCUCCCCAUCCCGCACCUUCGCUUCGCCCCCAACCAUCCGUCUCGUCGCGCCCACCACUGCCACCUCCUCCUCACCCGCACGGCCAGCCGCCCGCUCCCCCCGCCCCGCCGCCGCCUCCUUCUCGCCCCAAGGGCCUCUCCCUCCGCCGCCGAGCCGGCGCGUGACGGCAGCAGCAAGGUGCCCGGGUACCGGAACAGGUUCCUGGACCUGGCGCGGCUGGGGGCGGUGGCGGAGGGCGCGGCGGAGGCCUUCUUCCGCAGCGAGAUCCGCCGCCGGCUGGCCGUCACCGCCCUGCUCAUCGUGCUCAGCCGUGUCGGCUACUUCGUCCCGCUCCCGGGCUUCGACCGCCGCCUCAUCCCCGACUCCUAUCUCAGCUUCGCCCCGCUCCCCGCAGAUGACCUCGUUGAUUUUGCCUCUGAACUGAAGCUGUCGUUCUUCCAGCUGGGAAUCAGCCACCAGAUAUCAGCAUCUAUUGUGAUGCAGGUUCUUUGCCAUGUUCUUCCAUCACUUGAAAAGAUACGCAAGGAAGGAUUAGAUGGGCAUGAGAAGAUCAAAAGCUAUAUAUGGUGGCUGUCACUGGGUUUUGCAAUUGUGGCUGCUUGUACUGUGUCAUGCUAUUCGCUGCAGUAUUCUAUAUAUGCAGCAAGUUACAGGGUUAAGCAUGUCGUAUUAACAAGCUUUCUGCUUGUCCUCGGUGCAAUGUCAACGACAUGGAUCUGUGACACCAUAUCGGAAUCUGGAUUUGGGCAUGGCUCAUCUUUGAUUAUUUGUGUGGGAAUAUUGACUGGUUACACAAAUACACUACACAAGAUGCUAACUCAAUUUUCAGCAGGAAAUGUGUACAUGUGUUGGCCCUACAUCUUGGGAAUAGCUGGAAUCUUUAUGAUGGUUACUAUGGGGGCAGUGCUGGUGACUGAAGGGUCUAGGAAGAUAAAACUUCAAUACUAUGGAUUUAAAUUAGCUUCUGGUGCAAGGAAUGAAAACUCCCCAGUUACAGAGGUUGAGCCAUAUAUUCCCUUCAAUAUAAACCCAACAGGGAUGCAGCCUUUGCUUACAACCUCAUACCUACUUGCUUUUCCAAGUAUUAUGGCCAGCAUUUUUGGUUCGCCAUUUUGGGAGAACUUGAAGGAAAUUUUUAAUCCAAGGACUUCAGUUGGUGGUAGUCCGUGGGUUUAUUAUUUGACCUAUGCGUUUUUUGUCUUCGUCUUCAACAUUUUUGACAUUGCCAACUUACCAAAAGAGAUAUCCGAUUACCUAAAUAAGAUGAGUGCCAGAGUACCAAAGAUAAAGCCUGGAAGAGCAACAGUAGAUUAUCUUACAAAGAUACAAACGUCGACACGUUUCUGGGGAGGUCUACUUCUGAGCUUGCUGGCAACUUCCUCAUUAUUACUUGACAGAUAUCUUAGACAAAUAAAUGAGGGCUUUUCCAUAGGGUUCACAUCAGUCUUGAUUAUUGUGGGCUCCAUUAUUGAACUGAGAAGGUCCUAUCAAGCAUAUAAUGUGAUGCCAGCACUAAGCAAAGUUUUGAAGAGAUAUGGUGCAUAAGGUUAUGUAAACAUGAUGGUGCCAUCCAGAAGGGCUUACAGGUUCACAAGUUCUGUCUGUAUUGCAACCUUUUAGUGAAAUAUUGUUACCAACAUCUUGCAGUACCUUACAAGCUGCUGUCGGGUUUUGUUGGAAUGAGAGGGAGUUGGUUGUGGAGCGUUCUCCAAGGACAUGCAUUCGGCUAAAGAACCAAUGAGGAUAUCCAGUUGUUUUGUACAGCAGAAUGUCCAGCCAUUCUUGAUACAGCGAGGAGGAAGGAGCUGUGCCAUUGUGCCUUUCGGUUUUGUUGCUGAUGGCUUUCUGUUUUGUGGACCAAAAAGAAGGAUACCAGUUCCAUCCUGUUGUAUAAAUUUCUUGCGGAUCAUAUUGCCUAACAGCUGACUGGAAGUUAGGUUAUAAUUGGUGCUGUCAAAUUGAAUGACCCGUGAAAGGCGAACAUUGAUUGUUCCAACAUAUGAAGCUGACAAAGAAUGAUUUGCACUUCAAUGUGCCGUAUGCGAUAAUUCACCUGUCUACUACUAUAGUGAGUAUUAACUUAGUGCUGAUGAAUUGGACAGAAAAUUCCUAUGAUAGAUGAAUGGAAAAACAUUUUAUACUAUUUCUGCUGCUACUACUAUAAAUGAGGAUGCUUAUGAACUUACUUUGGGCACUAACUACUGUUUGUAAGAAUUUUAGCUUUGAGGAAAAAAAAAUACUAUUGCUACUGAUAAUGGUAUGCUUUAUGAUAUUGCUAUGAAUAUAAAUGUGUUCUUGAUGAAA